UGAUUCCAUGGACAACGCCACAAGUAAGUGGAGUUCCUGUUACUGCAAGUAACAAGUGGGGAGGUAUCCCAAAAAGCCAACUGGACAAGAAGUAGGGGAUACUCCAAUAGAACUUGUGUGAACUUCGGAAAAAUAUCAUACCAGCGAAAUCCUAUAGAGAGGGACAAAUGGUCAGGUGUUGAUAUCCCAACUGAUAAAAUUGUUUAUCGCUACACCAUUUCUUAAAUGAUGAAGUAAGAGCGAAUCAACAGCGAGGAGGGAUACUUAGCGGAGAAAAGAAACAUUUGAUCAGAUAGUUUAUGAAGUGAGGCCACGGAUAAAACCCAACAGAUAAACGCAACGGAAGAGAUGCCACAGAAGAAACGCCACAGAUAAAACGCAAUGAAAAAAAGGCCACGGAUAAAAUGUCACGGAUAAAAUGUCACGGAUAAAAUGCCACGGAUAAAAUGUCACGGAUAAAAUGUCACGGAUUAAACGCCACGGACAAAAUAUCACUGAUAAAACGCCACGGAUAAAAUGUCACGGAUAAAAUGUCACGGAUUAAACGCCACGGACAAAAUAUCACUGAUAAAACGCCACGGAUAAAACGCCACGGACAAAAUGUCACGGAUAGAAUGACACGGAUAAAACGCCACGGAUAAGAUGCCACGGAUAAAACGCCACAUACUGUACAUCUAAAACGCCACAGAAUAAUCGCCACAGAUAAAACUCUACAGAUUAAAUGCCACGGUUAGAACGCAACAGAUAAAACGCCACAGAUUGCACAUUACGGAUAAAACUUUGUGGGUAAAACGCCACAGAUAAAACGCCACGGAUAAAACGCUACGGAUUGAACGCCACGGAUUGAACGCCACGGAUUGAACGCCACGGAUUGAACGCCACGGAUUAAACGCCACGGAUUAAACGCAACAGAUAAAAUGCCACGGAUAAACCGCCACGGAUUAAACGCAACAGAUAAAAUGCCACAGAUUAAAUGCCACGGUUAGAACGCAACAGAUAAAAUGCCACGGAUAAGAUACCAGAUAAGAUGCCACGGAUUGAACGCCACGGAUUAAACGCCACAGAUAAAACGCAAUGAAAAAAAGGCCACGAAUAAAAUGUCACGGAUAAAAUGUCACGGAUAAAACGCCACGGACAAAAUGUCACGGAUAGAAUGACACGGAUAAAACGCCACGGAUAAGACCCACGGAUAAAACGCCACAUACUGUACAUCUAAAACGCCACAGAAUAAUCGCCACAGAUAAAACUCUACAGAUUAAAUGCCACGGUUAGAACGCAACAGAUAAAACGCCACAUAUUGCACAUUACGGAUAAAACUUUGUGGGUAAAACGCCACGGAUAAAACGCUACGGAUUGAACGCCACGGAUUAAACGCCACGGAUUGAACGCCACGGAUUGAACGCCACGGAUUGAACGCCACGGAUUAAACGCAACAGAUAAAAUGCCACGGAUAAAUCGCCACAGAUUGCACGUUACGGAUAAAACUUUGUGGGUAAAACGCCACAGAUAAAACGCCACGGAUUAAACGCAACAGAUAAAAUGCCACAGAUUAAAUGCCACGGUUAGAACGCAACAGAUAAAAUGCCACGGAUAAGAUACCAGAUAAGAUGCCACGGAUUGAACGCCACGGAUUAAACGCCACAGAUAAAACGCCACGGACUGCACAUUACGGAUAAAACUUUGUGGGUAAAACGCCACGGAUUAAACGCAACGGUUUAAACGCCACGGAUUAAACGGAUAAAACUCCACGGAUAAAACAAAACUGUUAGGUGCCACUUCACGGAUAUCAACGAUUAGAAGAGGUGUGAUGUAUUGUUGAAAACAAUCACUAAUGAUUUUGUUUAACGUCGUUUGUUGGCGCUCGUUUUUUUUUGUAAAAAUGAGAAUGAGAGCGUGAUAAUAUGGGGGGCACUUUAAAGAGCCAUAGUCGGUCUCACAUUUAUUAUUGUUUUUAUUUAAUUUUGGAAGACAAACUUGGAAUAAUAUCUCGAAAUAAACUUUUAGGUUUUGUACCUUAUUUGCCAGAUUCAAUAAAAAAUGCCGCAAAAGCCGAUAGAAAUACGGUAGAUCCUUUCUCACACUUGGUAUUCUGCCAGGAUAACAAAAUGGCGGCUGGCAGACACUUUUUAACAGUUAAUAAAAUUGACAACCUGUCUAUUCAGAGAGAGUCAUAACAAUAUGGUGAUUUGUAGCAAGGCCUAGUGAUUAGCGCAUAUCUAUAAAUCUAUCAGCACGUAAUCGAACCCCCUUUAGUAAACAUCAAGUAAAGCUAACACAAACAACUUGGUUUAAUUAAAAUGAUUUCAGCUUAUAUGCUUUUACGUGUGUAUCAAAUCGUACGUUUCUUUAAUAUGGUUUUUAAAAAGGCGAUUUAUGCAUCUCUAGAAGCCUUAAGCUGAGGGAAACCACUGGAAUUACUACACAGAAUGUUGUCGAAGCCUUGAUCAUCGCAUAUUAAUUAAAAUGUCAUUUAGAAAAAUCCCACGGGAGGGUGAAAACUCAUUGAAAAUACAUCGAGGUCAAACUCUAAUAAUUUGCACAAAUUUACUAACUUGUCAAAUCACGCAAGACACCCCGCAUUUCCGUAAAAAUUGGUACUGAUUUGUGAAAGUGUUUUAGGUGAUAUUGUUUGCUUAGUUGCGAUGCUCAAAUUGGCUAAAGCAAACAUAACGAGCAAAUGAGAUACGGCUUUUUGUUCGAGUCGACUGAAAGCUCUCAGAGCUUUUAAGUAUGCCAAGGCAUUCAUCACAGCGGAAUGCAUCUAAGUGUCCAAGCGAAGUAGUAGUCUUAUCGGAUUUUCAGGAGGUUCUCCUAGUUUUCUUUUUUGAAGAUGACUAUUGAGUUUCGCAAGCCGUCUCAUAAAGCUCUAAUAGCGGUUUCUAUUCUUGCGGUUAUCGGUGUAGGUUGUUUAAUCGCUGGGAUUGUUUUGAUCGUGAAAUCCCAGGGUAAAGUCUCCCCAACAUCUGCCCCUCUGGAUACCUGUGACUUUUCCAAGGAAGCCGUGAGAUCAGGAUUGGAAGUAUUCCUCCAGAAAGUGCAAGAUACCGUGUAUAGGCUACAACCAUAUCUGAUUGCAUCAAAGCCGGGAAUAACUGCUUCUGAAAUUCAAGAGAAAUUCAUCUCCUAUGACCCAUCACCAAGCAAAAUCAAGGAAUGCACUGACAAAUCUCAGGAGUUACUGAAAGAGCUUAAAUCUAUUGCCAUAAAUGAUCGCCUUUUGAAGCCCAGAGAACGAAAAGCCCUCGCCCAAUUGAGGCACUAUCUUCAACACAAUUUUGGAACACCUUACGAUGCAAACUACUACGCUGGUGAUUUUCUUCUCGGGCCCAAUUUCUUUGGAUGGCAGCCUAUUUUUAAUGUCGAGAGCCACAUUAAAAAUGCUUUAGGGUUCCUCAAGCUUGAAACUGUUACUGACGUUGAGUUGGUCAUGCAAAAACUGAAGACGGUCAAUCAUACUUUUGCGACGUACUUGGAAAACUUGAAGUAUGGAGUAAAAUCCGGAAUGGUACGUUCGGUGGAGGAAUGCGAAGCUGGAUUGGAAACGUUUCAGAGGUCGUAUUGGAAUGUCGAGAAAUAUGGAGCUGAAGGUAUCCUCAAGCAAGACGGCUAUCAGGGUCUCCUUCAAUCUCUGACCAGGAUCUCCCCUGAUCUCGACAACAAAUGGAAGGCAACCCACAAACAAUCUGUCAAGGAGUCCAUCACCGCCACCCUUGUUGAUUAUGCUGGAGAAUCGCUGCGUCAGUUGCUACAUUACCUAGCAACCGAGUACAAGGAGCACUGUGUGCCUAGUGGAAUUUCCAGUGGCUUAGCGACCCUUCCCUUAUCGUAUGUGUACACAAACGGAACUCCAGACCUUGGGAGCAAGACCACCAAGACGCUACCGACCGGUGAAGUACUCAACGGAACCUGGGCAUAUGAGAGUAUCAUGUCUUAUUUCACGACCACCAAUGAUUCUGUCCGGGAGGUGCAUGAUCUUGGGAAUAGGAUGGUGAAAAAGUUGUAUCCGCAGAUUCUGAAAAUUGCCAAGGAGCAGACGGGGCAAAGCGACAUCAAUCGGGCAAAAGAAAAGUUCAAGAAAAUUCUGAACUCCUCUGAUAUGUAUUACGUGGGAAACCGUACGAUACCGGCCAAUGAAUCGGACAAAAACGCCCAUGAGACGUGCCGGUCAGACAGCGAGGCGAAGGCGAAUUGUCCGGUACGGUGGGCAAUCAUGCAAGACUGGUUUAAAGAGGUGAACCAGGUCAUGAGUCUUCUUGUUCCUAAGUUUGUCGACAUGUUCUACUUUACCGGUGAAUACCAGACCACGCCCAACUGUCCGGUCCGGGUCGCUGCCAAGUAUAACCCUGCGUCCGGCGUCCCUAGUUACCAGCGUAGCAACAAGAAGUGCUCAAAGGCCGCGGUGUAUCUAAUUCCUUUUUUUCUCGAGAGACCUGGGCCCAGGUUUAACCAGUGGAGCGUGAACUCGCAUGAGGCGAGGCCUGGACACCACACACAGGUUCAGGGUUCAGUAGAGCAUUUCCAGGAUCAAUGCGGUGGACUGAUGGGCUGGCUGGACUCCACGACAUCUUAUACAUCAUUUAUCGAGGGUUGGGGCUUAUACGCGGAGUCAAUUACAGCCGACGACACCGACACUUACGACGGACAUCCGCUGGAAAAGUACGGCAUGCUCAGGUCACAGAUCUGGCGUGCAUUGCGAUUGAUUGUAGACACCGGUUUGCACUCAACUGCUGUGAAUUCCACUCUCUCGCGCGACCAGGCCUUCCAAUACUUCGUGGAUUACGUGUGGGACGAUGGUGACGUCAUCGAGAAAGAGAUCACGCGUUACCAGAGUGACCCUGGGCAAGCGACGGCGUACAUGGUUGGUCAGCUGAAUCUCAUGAGACUUCGCGAGCAUGCGCGACAGCAACUCGGCGAGGCCUUCAACCUCAAGGACUUCCAUUACCACUUGCUCAAGGAGGGAUCCGCUCCGCUCAGCUAUAUCACAGACGCCAUUAAUGAGUACAUUAGGUGCACUCUUAAUAAAGAAGGGGAAGGGUGUGAGUACGUGCUGCCACCUAAGGGUGGGAAGGGUGGGGGAGCGAAUGACUAUAGUGACAUGGGGUUCCGUGUAAUGGAAAACUAUUACUGAGAAGGGGGGAGGUGUGAGUAUGCUUUGCCACCCAAGAGAGGGGAGGGUGGGGGGAGCAAGUGACUAUAGCGGUAUGAGGUCAUGUAUACUGGAAAGCUAUCUAUGAGCUUUUAAAGGGAGGUGUAUGUGCUCUAACUUCAAGGGGAGGACUUGCAAUUGACGAUAGCGAUAUGAGGUCACGUAAAUAGGCCGUUAUAUUAUCUUCUAGUAGAGUAGGGUUAUAAUUAUAACAAUAACUGAUGACGUCUUUUUCAAGAAAUAAAAAUGAAAGGAGAGAAAGGGCCAUAGCUAAGAAACUUAUUGUGACAUCGAUCUGUGAUUCGAGGAAAUCUUUCUAAAAAAGAAGGAAGUAUCUCCGUUUUUCUAGACAUUGCCUGCCGAAGAAAUAUUUGAAAAAGUAUUUUAGGGCCAUAUGCUUGAUUGCUUUGGUUGGCUUCCCCCUUCCCAUGACACAAAUGAGAAAGCUUUUCUAAAUAAAUACAGACUCUUUUAAAAA